UUGGCACUUCGCGGGCUGCGCGGGCGGGCGCCGGGGUGCAGGCGGGCACGGCGGGGUCGCCGCUGGGGGCCCGGCUCCCCCCGCGUCCGCCGCGCUCUAUUUUUAGCAGCGCUGUUGCAAUAUAAGGAAUGCGCCGCGCGGCAGGCGCUCGGGGCGCACUCGGGCGGCGCGGUCGCUUUAAGGAGGCGCCGGGGCGGGGACGGGCCAGAGCCGCCGGCGGGCCGGCGGGCCAGCAGCCGUCAGUCCGGCUGGAGCAUGAGGGAGGCGACCUGAGGCCGGAGCCCCGCCAGGGCUGGAGCGUGCGGUCUGACCCACAGGAAACAUGGCAACCAGCGCCGUCCCCAGUGACAACCUCCCCACCUACAAGCUGGUGGUGGUGGGGGAUGGGGGCGUGGGCAAGAGUGCCCUCACCAUCCAGUUCUUCCAGAAGAUCUUUGUGCCUGACUACGACCCCACCAUCGAAGACUCCUACCUGAAACACACAGAGAUCGACAAUCAAUGGGCCAUCUUGGACGUUCUGGACACGGCCGGACAGGAGGAGUUCAGUGCCAUGCGGGAGCAGUACAUGCGCACGGGGGACGGCUUCCUCAUCGUCUUCUCGGUCACGGACAAGGCCAGCUUCGAGCACGUGGACCGCUUCCACCAGCUCAUCCUGCGCGUCAAGGACAGGGAGUCAUUCCCGAUGAUCCUCGUGGCCAACAAGGUCGACUUGAUGCAUUUGAGGAAAAUCACCAGGGAGCAAGGAAAAGAAAUGGCGACCAAACACAACAUCCCUUACAUAGAAACCAGUGCCAAGGACCCACCUCUCAACGUGGACAAAGCCUUCCAUGACCUGGUCAGAGUGAUCAGGCAACAGAUUCCAGAAAAGAGCCAGAAGAAGAAGAAGAAAGCCAAAUGGCGGGGAGACCGGGCCACGGGUACCCACAAACUUCAGUGUGUGAUACUGUGAGGGGCCUGGGGCCCUGGGCACAGUCACCGUGAACUGGCCAGCCCUCGGGACCCCUCCACUGCCCCACCUCACCGGGAACCGUUUCUAACCGUGACCCUUGACCCGAGGACUGGGCGCAGGAAGGGAGACGGGGAGGGUGGGCGGGGAGGAAAGGGGGUGCGGCUUCCUCGAAAGGGCACAGGCUUCGUGUCUCACAAGACCCAGCAUCCGAGCCCCGCGUGUGAUUCAGCCGGCUCCUCCGGCUCCUCCGGCUCCUGGCGGCUGUGUUGUUUCUUUGGACUGCGUCGCGUCGGUUCGAGGUGGACGUUUACCCUCCAUGGACAGCGUACGAAACAAGCCAUGACCCAGCUCCCCGCUUGUCUCCAGUCCUCGGUGUCUGAGCUUGGGCGUCUUUUGUCAGGUUUUUAAAUUAUUUUAGUGAUCACUGUUGUCUCGAGGGGGUCUGUGCCCACUGUCUGGGGGAGUUUCACCCUUCAGCAGAUCCCCCUGACAGCACGUCCGGAACACCGUGGUUGUUUUUCUCUGAGUUUUCCCGGCAGUGCCAAACGCACCUCACUGUGAGGGACAGUGACUGGGAGACCGCGGUGACUGGGGCCCGAAGCGGGAGGCCUCAGGGGCAGCAGUCCCUGCUCGUGGCCUGAAAAUGGGAGCCAUGAGAGCCGUGCCCAGCAGGAGGGUUUCAUGGCCGAUAUCAGGAAACAGAAUCUCAUUUUGCUGAGGGGAGAGGCUGGUGCGAGCUUGCCAGUUCUUUUUUUUUUUUUUUUUAAUAUAUAUAUUUUAUUGAUUUUUUUACAGAGAGGAAGGGAGAGGGAUAGAGAGUUAGAAACAUCGAUGAAUCGAUGAGAGAGAAACAUCAAUCAGCUGCCCCCUGCACGCCCCCGACUGGGGAUGUGCCUGCAACUAAGGUACAUGCCCUUAACCGGAAUUGAACCUGGGACCCUUCAGUCCGCAGGCUGCCGCUCUAUCCACUGAGCCAAACCGGUCAGGGCAGGCUUGCCAGUUCUAAAAGGGGUUUCGUGAUCCUGGAGAUGUAGAGACUCAAGGGCACAGAUCUGCCCAGGUGUUCGUGUCUUUCCCCGUCGGCGUGGGCUCAGCCUGUCCCCACCGGCCUGUGCUGCCCACGGCUCUCCAUCACAGACACACUGACGGCCUGCAUGCUUCUCCACGCCACCGUGCGCUCCUCGGGGCACCAUCUGGGAUUCUGGUUUGUGCUGAACCUUACGCAGAAGUGACCCAAUACUGUUGUUACCUAAACAGCACCAACACCCGAAACCGUGUUCCCUCUGAAUCAACUGGCGACCACUCCUGGAGCCCAGGGAACCCUUCGCAGAGUCAGCAUCAGGCCGCCUCCCUGGCUCAUACUGACAAGGCUGGUGUGAACCUCUCAGAUCUUAACUGCAACGUGUGAUCAGAAGAGAAAGGAAGGUUGAGGUGAAGACAUCGCUCCCAUACCCGUUUCUACGAGGGGGCAGUCCCCCAACUCCCUGGUGAUGGCCCCCUCCCCCUCAGUGCUGCUGGUGAGAGCCCAAGACUGGAUUUGGGGGCCGGGGUCAGGGUGCAGGGGCAGCAGGCACGGCAGUGACCCCUGAGAGGAGGUCAGAGAUGAAGUGGCGCACCUUGUGACCUUAUUUUCCAAAUGUGACCAAUCGGGUCACUGGGCAAACUGGAGCACCCCUAGCAGGUGGCCUGGCCACCGUUUGGAGAAAGGACCAGGGAGAGCGAGUGCCGGCUGGACAUGGGGACGCCGGAUCCUUCUCCAGCUCUGAGGGAGCACCGAGGGGCCAGCCCGGAGGGACCUGCUGCAGAAGGAAACAGCCGAGAGUUUCGUUGGAAAUCAAGCUUCUUUAUGUGUGUAAAUGUCCCUUUUUUUUCUGACCCUAAGAGAAAGGAUAAUAAAGAACAUUCCAGAUCAGGCACCUCACAGCUCCCCAAGAACCUAUCCUGUUAAUGAAUGGACAUCUUAGACACUAACAGGACCAGGCUCUUUCCAACCCGUAUGCUCCCCUGAGCCACGGCCCGUGUGCCCUGUGGUGGUGGCCGCAGGCCAGUGAGAGCGAGGCAAGGCCGGUGGCAGGAAGUCGGGCGGAGAUGUUCGUAUCGAGGCAGCGGUGGCAUGGGACCAGGGGCCCUGCACAUGGGGCAGUGUCCACCGUUGGAAAACAUCUCCCAGACACGGACCACCACCGGUGCACCUGCCCACGGGGGAGCCUGCGAAGCCCUGAGCACUAUGUGGAGAGUCUCGGAAGCAGAUAAGCUGACCUCGAGUGAAGCCCUUGGCCGUGAAGAUAACAGACAAAGGGGUUCCAACCGCUCCCGGGCCCCCCCACCCAACGGGCAGUGCACCUGCUCUGCCUGACCCCAUCUUCCAGGGCAUCCAUCCUGCACCCAGCCCACAGCUCCACUCCUCAGUGCCCGAGAGGGAACCUGGGUCAGGGAUGGCCUUCGCGGCCUCUGCUGUGGAGCCGGUGGUCAGCCUCCAUCUCCCAUGACCUCCUUUUCCUCCAGGUGCGAUGGGUAAAUAACACUUUUAAAAGACAGGUCUUUGGGUUUGAGAGAACCGUGAGCCCGCCUGGCCGCGAAGGCUGCCAGAUAGGCCAGAGUGGCGUGUGCCCUGGGGCAGCCCCAGCACAACAUUUUCUCCAUGGCCUCCUGGCAGGUCCGUCUUGGAACCAGCUGGCCCUGUUACCCGGUCGGUGACUGAGGAGCCCAACGGGACUUGUGUCUUUUGUGACAUCCCGGUGUUUCCACUGUUUUUCCAGACGAGCUGAAUAGCACAGCCCCUGAGCACACCCUUCCUGAAGCCCCCACCCCAUGCCUUCGCCACUGUGUGCUCUCAGCCUUCCUUCUAAAAUCGACACCCUCCCCCUGCAAGGGCUCCUUUCUCCCCCACUGGUAAUCCUGGCCGCUCUCCCACCCCCACCGCCUGGGGCCCGGCCACGGACUUCCCCUGCACUUUGCCACGCAGGGGGCGUUUGGAUGGUUUUUCUUAGGACUUAGCCUCCCACCUCGCUGUGGAGCGUGGCUGGUGGCCUGUCUCGCUAACACGUGGCAGCUCUAGCUCAAAGGACCUUCACGUGUGACGACAGUCAACCCAGAGCCAUAGACGGGCUGCCUCCAUUCGCAGCCCAUUGGAUUAGAAGCCCCAUGUCGGUUUACUGAGAACGAAAGAUACUUGAAUAACGGAGCGCCCGUGCGCGCCCCGCUUCUGUUACGCAGUAUUAACAGGUGGCCGUUGUCGUGAGACGAGAGCGAUGCCUGGAGAUCUCGACGAUGCGUGAGCCUUUUAUGUAACUUUUUAUUAAGUCUUUGUGUAUCUCAACUCAUUAAUAAAGAAAUGAAGAGGAA